AUGCUUAUAACCCAUAGUUACAGGAAAUCUCGAUUUCUACUUAGAGAGGAUUGCUUAAGGAAUCCAAUAAAGACGCCCUUGAAGCAGGAGGCAACACCAACGCAAUGGGACAAUUGGGCAGGCGUUCUAGGCAUCGCCAAGAUGGAGGCGCCAGACAAGGGAGGCCAGGCAAGGCAGGGGCGCGAGCGCCAGGCUACUGCCAGGGGUGCUAGGCGCCGAGGGCCGCAGGCGCUGAGGAUGUGGGCAACGCCCUUGGAGCAAGAGCUGACGCUAGUGGCUAGUUGGGUGACACCCUUGGAGGGCACUAGUCCAAGCGUUGUUGCUGCUGGCGCUAAGAUGUUUGGCAACGCCCAGUGA